AUGAAUCUAUUCCAGAGAAGGGUGGUUAAGGAUGCUAAGUGCCCUUUUUGUUUAAAUGAAGAUGAAACUACAAUGCAUGCUAUCUGGGAAUGCCCUGCUGCUACUGAUGUUUGGGCAGAGAAGGGUAACCCAGUGUCUUUGUCAGGAUGGGAGGAGUUUAAGUUGGCAACAGGGAGGAAGGAAGGUGCAAUAAACCAGUGUGUCAAGAGGGGGGUAGUUGGAGGUAAGGAAUGGAAGAAGCCAAUUGGCUCAAAACUAAAAGCUAAUUUUGAUGCUGCAAUUGAUGUCUCUUCAAAGAAGUUGGGUAUUAGGGUGGUUAUCAGAGACGAUAGAGGGGAGCUUGUUGCUGCUUGUUCUGCUAUAAGAGUGUUCAAUAGUGUUGCUUUUGUUGUUGAAUGUUAUGCUCUUUGGGAAGCUAUGGUCCUCUGUGAAGAGCUGGGACUAGGUACUGUCAUCUUUGAAGGGGAUGCUAAAGGUGUAACUGAGGCUGUGAGCAAAGAGGAGAAGAAUGAUUCAUGUUGGGGUCACCUGGUGGAAGGAUUGCAGCAGAAGUUGGGAAUGUUUGACAGAUGGGAAACCGGCUUUGUGCAUCGAGAGGGCAAUGAGGUUGCUCACCAAUUGGCAAAAUUGGCUUUACAUGGGGAGUGUGACAUGUAUUGGGUAGAAGAGGGUCCUGAUUUGAUUACUAAUCAAUUACUCAUAGAUAAAUUGUAUAUGGAUACUGAUACAAGUUGUUAA